AGGAACUACAUUCACACCUGGCACAACUACACAAAUACAGUACACGGCAACUGAUGCGGCAGGAAAUACUGCAACUUGCACAUUCACUGUAGAGAUCCAGUCAGCGGACACUACACCACCUAUAAUUACAUGUCCAAGUAGCAUAGUACGCUCAGCAACUAACAAUGUGGUGACAUGGUCACCUGCAACUGCCACUGACAGUGGGCAACAGGGGGUAACAGUCACACAAAGCGGGGGACCGGCCUCAGGAACUACAUUCACACCUGGCACAACUACACAAAUACAGUACACGGCAACUGAUGCGGCAGGAAAUACAGCAACUUGCACAUUCAAUGUAGUGAUUCAGCAAGAAACUACCCCCCCUACGAUUAACUGUGUUGCCUUGGGCGAAAUAGCCGUCACUGCAGCCGAUGCCAGUGGAUCAACAGUUACCUGGCCCACGCCUACUGCAUUUGACGCCAGUGGCAUUGCCUCUGUUCUGCCAUUCCCUGAAACUCAAAGCAGCUCGGGGAGUUUUUUCCCAUUCGGACCAUACGCCAUCACAUACAGAGCUCUUGACAAUGCGGGCAAUGCUGCAACUUGUGAUGUUACUUUUUCUGUCGUUGAUAGGGUGCCUCCAGUUUUUAAUUGUCCAUCCACCUUGAUGAGGGAGAUACCUGUUGGAAGCAACCAAGUCGUUAUCAAUUUUCCCGCCCCAACGGCCACGGACAAUUCAGGAGCGGUUCCUUCGGUGAGACUGCAGGAUGGCAGCCAAGGGCCUGGCCAGUCCUAUGGCCCAGGAACAAUAACUGUCACCUACGUGGCUACUGAUGGCAACGGCAAUUCAGCCAUUUGCACUUUCAAUGUUGUGAUCUCCGCAGCAGUUGACACAGUACCUCCUGUGCUCACCUCAUGCCCAACCACCAUGUUGCGCGCCGUAGAACUCGGUACUGGAGACACGGUCCAAGUUAACUGGAGUGCUCCGACAGCUACUGACAACUCCAACUUGGACGUCAAUGUCCAACUUAUACGUGGCCAAACACCAAACAGCGUUUUCAGUGCAGGGGUAUACGACAUUGCCUACAGACUGUCUGACACUUCCGGAAAUUUUGUGGACUGUGAAUUCUGCAUUGUCGUCACCACAGCUGAUUCACUUAGCCCAACAAUAACUUGCCCGGCUGACAUUGUCCGCACCGUGGAGCUUGGAACUGCUACAGGAGAUAUUGUUUCGUGGUCGCCAGUGGUUGCGACAGAUUCCUCUGGUGGGCCAGUUGAAGUUGUCCUCCAGACAGACCGACCAUCGGGUUCCUUUUUCCCAGUGGGGCAACCUAACUCCGUGAGUUACCAAGCCAUCGAUUUGAGCGGCAACUCUGUCUCUUGUUCCUUCACCGUCACAGUCAAUUUAGAGGACACAACGCCUCCUGUUUUCACAUUCUGCCCCGGCAACAUCCUUUACUCAACGCUGACAAUUCCUGCUGGGGGAAUACAGGUCACUUGGGCACAGCCACAAUUCUAUGAUGCCUCAGGCUCGGCAAGGAUCACCUCCCAGGUCCCAGCCCCGGGCACAGCAUUCACACAACCCUUCACCCAGGUGACCUACACUGUUGAGGACAAUGGGGGACGCAGUGCUGUAUGCACUUUCCAGGUCACCCUCCUCGUUCAAAACCCGUGCACCGUUUCGCCAUGUCAAAAUGGAGGGAACUGUGUACCUACUGGCCAAGGCACUAAUGAGUACAAUUGUGUGUGCCCGCCAUGUUUCAGCGGCCCAACAUGUGCCCUCAGUGUGAAUGCUUGUCAAAAUAACAUGUGUGCUUCGGGCAGUCAGUGUGUUCCUGUGGUGGGCUCUUGUGUUGAGUACACCUGCCAGUGUAACUCUUGCUCCUACGGCCGUUUCUGUGAUCAACAGGUCGAUGGCUGCGCUAAUCACAAGUGUGAGAACGGUGGGCUGUGUAAUACUUUUGGUAACAGCUGCCUUCAAUUCUCCUGUGCCUGUUCUGGGUGCUUCCAGGGACCAACCUGCAAUGAACUUUUCAACCCUUGCAAUCCGUCACCCUGUCAGAACAAUGGUGUCUGCAGCGCCAUCCAGAACUCUUGCACUGCCUACACCUGCCGAUGCACUGGCUGCUUCACUGGCUAUAACUGUCAGAUAGCUAUUCCUGACCCGUGCCUUCAGAAUCCCUGCCAGAAUAACGGAAUCUGUCGACGGAGGGAGAACACCUGUUUUGACUAUGUGUGUGAAUGCAGCGCUGGAUUUGCAGGACUGCGGUGUGACCAAAUUGUUGUUAGAAACAAUCCUUGUAACAGCUUCCCCUGUCUCAAUGGUGCUGAUUGCGUCAACAUGGAUGGUGGCCUCGCUUACACUUGCAAGUGCCAAUCAGGCUACACAGGCACCAACUGCGGAAUACAAACAACUGAUGCUGGUGCCAUCGACUCUUGUGCUUCCAAUCCAUGUCAGUCUGGUUCCACGUGCCGCAACAGCUACCACAGUACCAGCCCUCUCAUCUAUACUGGCCAGUAUGUCUGUAACUGUAACACAUUCCUCACUGGUGUGAACUGCAACACGGCUGUUGCCACUGCACCCACCAUGAAUGUCUGUGGGACACUUUUCCGGCCUUGUGCUAACGGUGGGACUUGCAUGAACAUCUACAACAGUUACCUGCAAUCCGUGGAUUACUGCUGUGCAUGUCAGUCUGGGUUUUUCGGACAGCACUGUGAAAUACAAUUUUCUAAUCCAUGUGUUCCCAACCCUUGCUUGAAUGGUGGUGGCUGCGUGGCGAGUGGGCAGAGGUUCUCCUGCGCCUGUCCUCCAAACUUCAGCGGCAACAUCUGCGACAUUGAGGCCCCAGACACCACCCCACCUACAGUUAUCAACUGUCCGACAAGCUUUUCCUUCGAUGCUGGCUCCCAGGCAACCAUUAAUGUUCCAUGGAGUGAGCCGCAGGCUGUGGACGGGACAGUGUUUUACCGGUCACACAUGCCCAACUCGGAAUUUACGGCCGGAACGUCCACCCGUAUCAUCUACGUCUUCGCGGAUGCCGCCGGCAAUUUGGCGACUUGUGCAUUCAAUAUCCUAGUCACCCGAGCCUUAGUCGUAGACAGUAUCAUGCCGACCAUCACAUGCCCAAGUCCUCCCACCGCUAUUCUCAGAGGAGAUGCUUCGACUGUCCGGGUGACGUGGUCUCCCCCAGUCGCUGCAGACAACCAAGGACAACCUCUGGUGACAAGCAACCGCCAGUCUGGUUCCCUGUUCACCGAGGGAGUAACCCCUGUGACCUACACAGCCGCCGACUUCUCCAACAACCGGGCUACCUGUACCUUUGAUGUCACUGUUACAAGACAAGGAGGGUUCAGCAUACAAUGCCCAGCUACUGUAAAUCUACCAGUCAGUGCUGGCUUAGACUGUUACACCUACGUCCUGCCCAACCCAACUUACUCCAACACUGUUGGGGCAGUGACCCUGGGCUAUCGGCUUAUUGGUGGUGGGGCAACAAGUCGCGAGUUCUAUACCACUUUGCCCUUCUCUGGGAGUUUCCAAUACCGGGCGGUGGAUUCCGCUGGCAACCUGGCAGAGUGUACAUUCACCCUGACCAUAACCCCAGGAGUAGUAGUAGAUCCAUGCUCAUCUAAUCCGUGCCUCAAUGGAGGGACAUGUUCAGCCUCGGGUAACACAUUCACCUGUACAUGUCCUAGCGGGUUCACUGGAGUUACUUGCAAUGUUCCCAUCACAGGCCCAUGCUCAUCUAAUCCGUGCGUCAACGGAGGGACAUGUUCAGCCUCGGGUAACACAUUCACCUGUACAUGUCCUAGCGGGUUCACUGGAGUUACUUGCAAUGUUCCCUCCACAGGCCUUUCUUGUCCGCCUGUUGCUGUCUCUGGAACACCUGGGACAACCAUCACUGUUAACAUACCCGAGCCCACAGUGCCUGGCAAUACAGGAAAUGUAAACUUCUUCUACUUUGUUGGCGGUCUUCAAAUAAGCAACCCAAGAUCAUACCCCGUGACUGUUCCAGCCAGUGGGCAAAGCACCGUAACUGUAUCAAUAUUUGCCUUCGAUGGAUCCACUACACUCCAGUGCAAUUCUGACAUUGUAGUCACAGCUGGUGGUACUUCACCAUGUGGCAGCAAUCCCUGCGUGAAUGGUGGUACCUGCAAUGUGAUUGGUCAGGGAUACACCUGUACCUGUCCUCNAAGGCUUCUCUGGCAUCAACUGUCAACUUGGUUCCAACCUGUGUUCUCCCAACCCAUGUCAAAAUGGCGGUGCCUGUUCCUUGGUUGGCAGUACCUUCUCAUGCGCCUGCACAUCAGGAUUUACUGGGCUCACUUGCACGACACCCAUUGUCCUUUUCACAAUCACUUGCCAAAAUCUGAUCACGGCCUCGGGAACAGCAGGAACCACUGUCCUUGUCAAUAUUCCUCAGCCGACAAUCAGUGGGACACCUUCAGGGUCUGUCCAGGUUGUCUACUUGGAUGCAGCCAACAACCAGAUAACCAACUCAACAGCAUACCCGGUGACCGUUCCGGCAAGUGGAACAAGCAUCGUGUCUGUCUCAGUACAGGUUACUGAUGGCGCUGGGAGAUUGCAGACCUGCACUAUUCCAAUCCAAGUCGCAGCGACCACCGUAAACCCAUGCAACCCAAAUCCUUGCCAGAACGGUGGCACAUGUGCCAUUUCAGGCUCCGGGUUCUUGUGCUCUUGCC